GUCUGUUUGACGUUUGACAGUAAAGCAAUAACCACCACAUCGGCAUUAAAAAAGGAGGAAGCGUCCCUCCAAAUCUAUUAUACAAGAUAGAUAAUUAAAUAAAUACUUUUAAUAAUUAUUUAUUGUUUAAAUUAGUUUAGAAAAAUGAGUGUCGAAGAGGAAGUGAUGAGGAUCCAAAAGAAAUUAAACAAGAUGACGUCGGAAGAUGGAACUGGACAAGAACAGGCAUUGGAUCUUUUAAAAGAAUUACAAACAUUAGAUAUUAACUUGGAAGUGUUGACUAAUACCCGCAUAGGAAUGACUGUAAACGCUUUGCGAAAGUCGAGUAAAGACGAGGAAGUCAUAAGCCUAUCAAAAACUUUGAUAAAAAAUUGGAAAAAGUUUCUUGGAACAAAUUCAAAUGAAAAAUCAUCUAGUAGUAGUAGUAGUUCCAAUAAACCAAAAAAAGAUAAGGAAGAAAAACCAUCUCGAGAUGAUAGAGACAAGGAAAAAUCUCUGCCUAAACAGUUUCCAGCUAGUUCAAAUACUACAGAUUCUGUGAGGCUGAAGUGUAGGGAAAUGCUUGCAGUUGCUAUUAAAACUGAUUCUAUGGAUGAAGAUUUUGAAGGUUGUGCACCGCCUGAGGAGUUGGCUGAAGAACUGGAAGAAGCCAUCUUCUUAGAAUUCAGAAACACCGAUAUGCGAUACAAAAAUAGAGUACGAUCACGAAUAGCAAAUCUUAAAGAUCCAAAAAACCCUACAUUAAGGUCAAGUUUCAGAAUUGGAGCAAUAUCUGCUGCACGUUUGGCCGUAAUGACAGCUGAAGAGAUGGCCAAUGAUGAAGUGAAGAACCUGAGAACAAAAUUCACUAAAGAAGCUAUCAAUGAUGCACAAUUGGCAACUGUACAAGGCACCAAAACAGAAAUGCUUAAAUGUGGUAAAUGCAAGAAGAGGAAUUGCACAUACAAUCAGUUGCAGACCAGAUCAUCAGAUGAACCUAUGACCACGUUUGUUUUGUGUAAUGAAUGUGGUAAUAGAUGGAAAUUCUGUUAAUUUUUCUUUUUUGUUUGGUAAUUAUUUUUGCAUGUAUUGUAUUUAUUAAUUGACCGAUAGUUAAUAAAAUUUGAUUUUGAACAGCA